ACAACGGUCUGUUUUGUAUGGAGAAUUAAAAAAAAAUAUCAGCCUCGUAACGGAGAGAAAGACUAAACCCGAAGAUAAAGUUGAGCGAGUUGACAUUUCCAACUGCGUAAUUUUGGAGACUGUCAUAAACCCUGAAAAGAGCGAUUAUGUGAAAGAAGAGAUGUUGGGGAAGAGUAAGAGAUGUGAAGAGAAGACUGGACCACAUGUCUACAUCAACGUGCAGAGGAUUGGAGCCCAGGAAACGGACUUUGAGUGUGGAGCGAUGGCGUGUUAUGUGAAGUGAAGAUUGAAGACGUGAUAGAAGAUGGACGACGACUGCUAUGCUAAAAUGGCGACGUCCGCUAAAAGAGAAGAUGAAAGAGAAUCAGCGCCACCAACGGAGAACAAUCUGAAAAGCAAAGAUGAAGACGUCCAGCAGCUGAUCGGUAAUCCAGAAGAAGUUUCCCCUCAGUUAGGGGGGAGCUCCACUUUGAAGCAGGAGACUCCACAACCACCCUGCAUUAAAAAGGAAGAGGAGGAACUCUGCAUCACUCAGGAGGGAGAGUGUCUUCUAGGACGAGAGGAAGCUGAUUACACCAAGUUUCCACUGAGUAUUCUCUCUGUGAAGACUGAAGAUGAUGAAGAGAAACCACAAGUAGACAACCUCUUAGCUCCACUAUCAGAUAGUGAGGCUGAAGAUGAGGUUGAAGUAACUUUGAGCAGCGAUACAGACUGUGAAGAUGAUAUGAGGACUCACACUGACAACAAAAACUCUGAAUGCUCUACAAAGAAGAGACGUAAAACAUGUUUGAGCUGCUCAGUUUGUGCGAAAAGCUUUUCUGUUAAGAGCAUGCUGACCCGACACAUGACAACACACACAGGUGAAAAAACAUUUAAUUGUUCAGUUUGUAGCGUAAGAUUUUCUCAAAAGAGCCAUUUGACUGAACACAUGAGAACACACACAGGAGAAAAAUGUUUUAACUGCUCAGUUUGUGGUAAAAGCUUUUCUUUUAAGAGGAAUUUCAAUCGACACAUGAGAACACACAUAGGUGAAAAAACAUUUAGUUGUUCAGUUUGUGGCAAAAGCUUUUCUACAAAGAGCCAUUUGACUCAACACAUGAGGACACACACAAGUGAAAAACCUUUUAAUUGUUCAGUUUGUGGCAAAAGCUUUUCUCAAAAUAGAUAUUUGACUGAACACAUGAGAACACACACAGGUGACAAACCUUUUAAUUGUUCAGUUUGUGGCAAAGGCUUUUCUCAAAAUAGAUAUUUAACUGAACACAUGAGAACACACACAGGUGAAAAAACAUUUAGUUGUUCAGUGUGUGGCAAAAGCUUUUUUACAAAGAGCCAUUUGAGUCAACACACGAGAACACACACAGGUGAAAAUUCAUUACACUGUUCAGUUUGUGGUAAAAGCUUUUCUACAAAGAGCCAUUUGACUCAACACAUGAGAACACACGCAGGUGAAAAACCUUUUAAUUGUUCAGUUUGUGGCAAAGACUUUUCUCAAAAGAGCCAUUUGACUGAACACAUGAAAACACACACAGGUGAAAAACCUUUUAAUUGUUCAGUUUGUGGCAAAGACUUUUCUCAAAAGAGCCAUUUGACUGAACACAUGAAAACACACACAGGUGAAAAAACAUUUAAAUGUUCAGUUUGUGGUAAAAGCUUUUCUUGUAAGAGGAAUUUGACUGAACACAUGAGAACACACACAGGCGAAAAACCAUUACACUGUUCAGUUUGUGGUAAAAGCUUUUCUUUAAAGAGGAAUUUGAAUCGACACAUGAGAACACACACAGGUGAAAAAACAUUUAGUUGUUCAGUUUGUGGCGUAAGGUUUUCUCAAAAAAGCCAUUUGACUCAACACAUGAGAACACACACAGGUGAAAAAAAAUGUAACUGUUCAGUUGUGGGAUCUUUCUGUGUGGAGUUUGCAUGUUCUCCCCGUGACUGCGUGGGUUCCCUCCGGGUACUCCGGCUUCCUCCCACCUCCAAAGACAUGCACCUGGGGAUAAGUUGAUUGGCAACACUAAAUUGGCCCUAGUGUGUGAAUGUGAGUGUGAAUGUUGUCUGUCUAUCUGUGUUGGCCCUGCGAUGAGGUGGCGACUUGUCCAGGGUGUACCCCGCCUUCCGCCCGAUUGUAGCUGAGAUAGGCUCCAGCGCCCCCCGCGACCCCAAAAGGGAAUAAGCGGUAGAAAAUGGAUGGAUGGAUGGAGUUUGUGGCGUAAGGUUUUCUCAAAAAAGCCAUUUGACUCAACACAUGAGAACACACACAGGUGAAAAAAAAUGUAACUGUUCAGUUUGUGGUAAAAGCUUUUCU